GGAAAAAGGAAAAAACUUUUACUGUACUUCUUCUUUCUCCUGUUAUUUCGAGCGGAAUCGUUAACCGCAAUGUCGGUCACUGCAAUAGCAACUGCAACACCGUCAGCCAUUGGAUCGUUCCGUACCAGGCGAUCCACGAACGGAGUAUCUCGGUUCAAGAUGUCCAUCCGAUCUAGCUUCGUUUCAAUGGCUGCGGCUCCCAUGUUAACCAAGCUACAGCAAGACUGCGCCACUCCUUUGCCGGUUCUUCGCAACGUGGCCUCCUCCAUGUCUGAUGAUAUCCGUGCUGGCCUUGCCGUUGAUGGCGGCAGCGAUCUCAAGAUGAUCCUCAGCUACGUCGAUAGUUUGCCUACUGGGGAUGAAAAAGGAUUGUUUUACGCACUGGAUCUGGGAGGAACAAAUUUUCGUGUUUUGAGGGUUGAAUUAGGUGGGAAAGAUAAGCGUGUGAUCGCCAUUGAAUCCGACCAAGUUUCAAUCCCACAAGAACUCAUGUCUGCUACAUCUGAGGAGCUGUUUGAUUUUAUUGCUUCAGCUUUGGCAAAUUUUGCUAAUAAAGGUGGAAACUUUCCUGGAAAAAAAGGUGAAAUUGGGUUCACUUUUUCAUUCCCAGUGAAGCAAACAUCCAUUGAUUCUGGAAUAUUGAUUAAGUGGACCAAAGGUUUUGCUGUCUCUGGAACGGCUGGAAAAGAUGUUGUUGCUUGUCUGAAUGAAGCUAUGGAUCGGAAAGGGAUAGAUAUGAGAGUGUCUGCCUUGGUGAAUGAUACGGUAGCUACUUUGGCCGGAGCUCGAUAUUGGGAUGAUGAUGUUAUGGUUGCUGUUAUUUUGGGUACUGGAACGAAUGCUUGCUAUGUGGAACGGAUGGAUUGCAUUCCUAAAUUGCAAGGCGAGUUUUCCCCUUCCGGAAGAACAAUUGUGAACCUUGAGUGGGGAGCAUUCUCAAAAGGCCUUCCUUUAACAGUGUUCGAUAGAGAUAUGGAUGCUGCUAGUAUCAAUCCUGGAGAGCAGAUAUUUGAGAAGACAAUCUCUGGAAUGUACCUUGGUGAAAUUGCACGAAGAGCUCUGCUGCAUAUGGCUGAAGAAGGUUCUCUGUUUGGGAAAUCCGUGCCAGAAAAACUGUCUAUGCCUUUUGUACUCGGAACCCCGGAUUUAUCUACAAUGCAGCAAGACGGCACAGAAGAUCUGCACACCGUUGGAUCAGUCCUAUACAACGUAGCCGGGGUCGAGUCCGACCUAAGUUCAAGGAAGAUUGUCCUAGAGGUAUGCGACACAAUCGUGAAGCGAGCUGCACGAUUAGCCGGCGCAGGGAUAGUGGGGAUUCUUCAAAAGAUAGAGGAAGAUACAGAAGAUGCCAUCUUCGGAAAACGAACGGUAGUGGCAAUGGACGGAGGCUUGUAUGAGCGGUACCCUCAGUAUAGAAGGUACUUAAAAGAGGCCGUAGCCGAGCUUCUUGGACCGGAAACAUCCCAAAACAUUGUGAUAGAGCACUCCAAGGACGGAUCAGGGAUUGGGGCUGCUCUCUUGGCCGCUACAAACUCCAAGUAUGGUCGAAAUCUUUAGGUAAAUCAACCUCAUAGUUUCCGAAAGGAAAAUUAUUGCUUUUGUAUUUUAUCGAAAAAAAAAAAAAACUGGGGAGUAAUUGCAAUUUUGUUAGAAUAGAGUGUAAAACUAUAUGCAAGUCGGAUUUUAAAUCCAGAUUGUAAUAAUUUGUAUUGUGUAUUAGUAAAGCCAAUAAACGUGGAAUCAAUGAAUUUAUUCCA